AUGGACUUCACCCAGGGGCAGUGGAGCCACCUGGACCCUGCCCAGAGGGCCCUGUACAGGGAGGUGAUGCUGGAGACCUUGGAGAACCUCGUCUCCCUGGAGAAUUCAUACACAAGAGAACCCUUUGAGUAUAAUGAAUGUGGAAAAACUUUCAGAUGGAAGAGUCAACUUGAUAAGCACAAGAGAACUCAUGUUGGAGAAAAUCCUUUGGAAUCCAACAACUGUGAAAAAGAAUUUAGCCAAAGGGGAAAUGUUGCUGAAAACAAAAUAAUUCAUACUGGAGAGAAACCCUUUAAGUGUAAUGAAUAUGGCAAAGCCUUUCGAUGGAAGUGUAAACUUAAUGAGCACCAGAGAAUCCAUAGUGGAGAGAAACCUUUUGGAUAUAAUGAAUGUGGAAAAAAAUUCCAUCUGAGAUCAUCACUUAUUUUACAUCAGAGCAUACAUACUGGAAAGAAACCCUUUGAGUGCAGUGAAUGUGGGAAAGCUUUCCACAACAAAUUUCAGCUUAUAGUACAUCAGAGACUUCAUACUGGAGAGAAAACAUUUGUGUGUAAUGAAUGUGGGAAAAUCUUCUACAACAAAUAUCACUAUACUCAACACCAGAGAAUUCAUACUGAUGAGAAGCCCUUUGAGUGUAUUGACUGUGAGAAAAAAUUCAGCCUAAGGUCAUCACUUAUUAAACAUCACAGAAUUCAUACUGGAGAGAAACCUUUUGAGUGUGGGAAGAAUUUUAGUGAGAAAUCAUCACUUAUUAAACACCAGAGAAUUCAUACUAGUGAGAGACCCUUUGAGUGUCCUGAAUGUGGAAAGAAGUUUAGCUGGAGGCCAUCACUUAUUUCACAUCAGAGAAUUCAUACUGGAGAGGAACCCUUUGAAUGUAAUGAGUGUGAGAAGACCUUCAGCCAAUGA